AUGGGGGAGGCCCUGGAGCACGUCUUCAUUCCCAUAGGGCUGCUGGUGUGCCUGGUCUGCCUGGUAAAGUGGGCGAGAUUCUCCAGAUGUAUUUUCCUGCACUUCUGGAAAGUUCUGCCAAGGUCUUUCCUGAAGUCAAUGGGCCAGUGGGCAGUGAUCACUGGCGCAGGAGAUGGGAUUGGGAAAGCUUAUUCAUUUGAGCUAGCAAGACAAGGCCUCAACGUUGUGCUGAUCAGCCGGACGCUGGAAAAACUACAGGCUAUUGCCGUGGAGAUUGAGCGCACUACAGGGAGGAGUGUGAGGAUCAUACAAGCAGAUUUCACCAAGGACGACAUCUAUGAGGAUAUUAAAGAAGAACUCAAAGGCUUAGAAAUUGGAAUUUUAGUCAACAACGUUGGAAUGAUCCCCAGCCUUCUGCCGCGCCAUUUCCUUAACACACCGGACGAAAUCCAGAGCCUCAUCCACUGUAACAUCACAUCGGUAGUGAAGAUGACCCAGCUAAUUCUGAAGCACAUGGAGGCAAGGAGGAAAGGGCUCAUCCUGAACAUUUCUUCCGGGGUGGCUUUUGUGUGCACGUUUUCCAAGGCCCUGCAAGCGGAAUAUAAGGAGAAAGGAAUCAUUGUCCAG